GUAGGAGGUACGCGCGCCCGGCCUCACCCCUACCCAGCAUGUCGGCGCUUGAGUGGUACGCCCACAAAUCCCUGGGCGAUGGCAUCUUUUGGAUCCAGGAACGCUUCUACGAGUCGGGCAACCGUGCCAACAUCUGGCUGGUGCGCGGGUCGGAGCAGGACCUGGUGAUCGACACGGGCCUGGGGCUGCGCAGCCUCCCCGAAUACCUGUACUCGUCCGGCCUGUUGCAGGACCGCGGGCCCAAGGAGGACGCGCCGCGCCGGCCGCUGCUGGCAGUGGCCACCCACGUGCACUUCGACCACGCAGGAGGGCUCUACCAGUUCGACCAGGUGGCCGUGCACCACGCUGAGGCCGAAGCCCUGGCUCGGGGGGACAACUUUGAGACGGUGACCUGGCUGUCGGACAGUGAGGUGGUGCGGGCGCCGAGCCCCGGCUGGAGGGCCAGGCAGUUUCGCGUGCAGGCGGUGCAGCCCACCCUGGUGCUGCAGGAUGGGGACGUGCUCAACCUCGGCGACAGACAGCUCACCGUCAUGCACAUGCCUGGCCACUCAAGGGGCAGCAUUUGCUUACAUGACAAAGAUCGGAAGAUUCUCUUCAGUGGGGACGUGGUCUAUGACGGGUCCCUGAUUGACUGGCUCCCGUACAGCAGGAUAAGCGACUAUGUGGGCACUUGUGAGCGUCUGAUAGAGUUAGUGGACAGAGGCCUGGUGGAGAAGGUGCUUCCUGGCCACUUCAAUACCUUUGGUGCAGAAAGGCUGUUUCGAUUGGCUUCUAACUACAUUUCAAAAGCUGGCAUAUGUCACAAAGUGUCUACUUUUGCAAUGCGAUCCCUUGCGAGUUUAGCUCUACGUGUGACAAAUUCUAGGAGCUCACCCUAGGAUCUACACAGGCACUCUUGUUUUGAUUAACCCUAUGUUAACCUGGUUCAUUUUGUGCUGUUUAAAAUAGUUAACAUGAGGAUUUCAAGAAGUGCUUUUAUAGCACUACUGAGUGUUAGAGAGAAAAGAUUGCGAAUAAUAAGCCAAAAAAGAGAAAGUCUUACAGUUUUUUCUUUCUUUCAAGUAAUAAACCAUUUAAAUAAGCUUAUAUAUAAUUUGCCAAAACUGUCAUUUUGUAAUAUUUGCUCUAAAAAUGCCCUAAGAGUAUAUAGAAAAGCAAGAAGGCAUUUUAUAGCAAGAGAAAGAAUUUUCCUUCCUCACUUUUCUCAUUUCCUAGUUCACCUAGGAAAAAAACAGAUACGGAGUUUUAUGCUUGUAUUCUAAACUCAGUUUUUUCAUUUUAUUAUUUAAAGAGAAAGUUCCUUGAGUUUAAGACACACAUUACAAACUCAGUACUAACAGAUUAAUAUUUAUGGUGACAGGUAAAUCAUCCCAUAGUAUGGUUCUCUUUAAUGCUCCCUUUAAUUUAUUUAUUAUUUAUGUAAUAUAGCAAAUAUAUAGAUAUAUACACUGUGUAAUUUAACUCAUGAAAAGUAUAAUAAAUUUUGUUUUAUUGCAAAGCUUUAAAUAUAAAUUGCAGAAUGCUUCAGUAAAAAGCUAUAUAUUGUUGUCUAUUAUUAUGUAAUAUUUUCAGUGCUAAAAGUAAAAUUCAGAUAUAUGUAAUCUAACUACAAAUGGUCAGACUUCUCAAAAGGACACUGUCAGGCAAAUUUGAAAAUAUACACAUUGAGAAUAAUUUUUUAUUAUAUCCUAUUUUAAUAUUAACAAUUACUGUAAACAAAAUUUCUCUUGUUAAAUAGCAACUUCAGUAUUGUGUCAUGUUUUACAAACAUAUAGUGGUCUACAACACCUUGAUAUAAACCAUUCUUUUACUUAGCAUAUAUAUGUAUCACAAAAGGAUUUUCAAAUUAAUUGCAAAGCGUGCAUUAAAUAUUGACCUAGAAUGAAAUGCCUUUCUUAUCCUGAUUCACAACACCUCUUCCUGUUCAGUAUUCUUUGUCUUAAAUGAAAACAAGUCUACAUUCAUAAAAUCAUAGGAAAAUUUAAAUUACUAUUUAGUAAAAUGUUUUGGGUUGGUGCUCUUAAUAAUUAUUUAAAAUUCUUUUUGCAAUAUUUCAUAAAGGUUUUUUAAACAGUUUUUCACUACUUUUCUAUUGACAUGUCUAAGACCAAAUGAUAUAGCUUUGGAAAUUAGAUCUUUCAGUAUUAGGAAGGUCCAACAAUUUUGAUUUCUGUCAAAUUAUGUAACUUUUUCUACCUUGUAGACACCUAGAUUCUUUAGGUUUUUAAAAUUCAUUUAGUGAAAAAACACGCACAUACACACCCCACAUACAUACUCAUAGCCACAUAUUACCUGCACAGCACUGCGAUAAACACUGUGGAAACUUCAGAAGUAAGAGACACUGUAGCUGGAAGUUGAAGGCACACAAAACAUGAAUGGUUAUAUAUGCAAAUAGAGUUUAAUAUAAAAAAUACAUGAGUGUAAGGUGCAUAAAGGGAUGGGUGUGAAGUUUGGUUAGAGAAAAUAUUCUGGAGGAGCUUUUGAGUCAGAGAUUGAAGAAUGAUUUGUUCAGUGUCAGGGAAGGCACAAGAAGACCCAAGGAUAGUGAAUUGAGAAUUUCUGUGUAGAGUAGUUUAUUCCUUGUGACAUAAAAUUUAGGAAUCCCAGUUGUUCCAAGCACCAUGUAUUCAACACGAGAAAGAUUGGCUUGUGAUUGUGUAUACAAGUCAUCCUUAAUGACAUGCUGAACUGCCACCUGCCACCAAGUGAAACUUAGAAUCAGGCCAUGAUUGGUUCAAAUACAGAAUCCAUGGAAUUCUCUGGGAUGGUCACUUAAGGCAGCUGGUCGGUUUCAUACUGAUAGUGCAACAUCCAGAGUAUAAAUUUGGUUCAGGGCAAUUACAGUCACUUAAUGAGCCUUAAAUAUAGCCAUUAUUUUUAUAUCAGUAGCACAAAAGAAAACCAAAAGUCCUUAACCACUGACCAUUUUAUCAUAUUUUAGAAAUUUUUUUUAAAAAAUCAGGGUAUAGUAGGCAUUAAGUUUUAUUAGGAACUAUUGACUCCUGCUGAGGGAUUUCCUUAUUUAUUAAAAGUGCAAUUUUUUCGGAACAUGCUAACAUUUUUAAUUCCCCUUUUUUUCAAUUUUUCAAAUUAUCCAGUGUAAGACUGUGAUGUCUUGCUGUUGCUACCAUGUGAAUACAAUGAAAAUAAAUGGGGGGAUAUGACUCAUUGAGUACCCAUGUUGCACAUUUUGAAUAUGCAUUGUUUAAUGUAGUCCUUGUCCCAGCACCAAGACAUAAUAAACCAGCCUCAUACAAUGGGACUGGGGAGAAAGCUGGUACCUGAACACAAGUCUGUUUGCCCCUACACUGUCUUUUCCUGGUCUGCACAACACUUAAAAUUGGCAAAGUGUAUCUUUACUUUCCCAGAUGCCACAUGUGCCAAGAAUAAAUCAAAAGAUGCUAAAGCUUAACAUUUAAAAACAACUUUUAAAUACAUAUUUUAACCCUGACAGUGACCCUUGUUAUAAUUUAUGAUUUUUGGAAAUAUUAGUAUGUAAGUGUAAGUCAGAGUUGUCAAAAUGUAAGACAUUUAGAAUAACAUUGUUAAUAAUCUUUGGAUUUUGAUUUUUCCUUAUGUAAUGUCUCCUUUUAACUGAGAAGCUGAAAACCCUGUAUGUUGUCCUAAUGUAGUUGAUUGUGUAUGUGUUAUAUGGAUAGUAAUAUGAAUGUGACAUGCACAAAUUGUCCUCCUAUUUCAAAUAAGUAUAAACACUUGUGUGAUAAAUAUUAAAAUGGACAUUUCUUUCA